UUUCCUCCGGCCGCGAGCCCCCUCCUCCUUCCUCCUCCUCCAUCCUUCCCCCACCCGGUUUGUGUGCCCCUCCCGCUGCGACUGGCUGGGAGGCUCUGCCGCCCCCGCCCCGAGAGGGAGGCGGGGGCGCUAGCCGCGGCGGCCACCCGAGGCUGAGGAGGAGAACGAGAUCCGAGGCCCCAGGGCGGCCCUGCAUCUGGACACGGCACGCGGGGGCUGCCUGUGCACCCCCAGCCGAGGGCCGCGGGGCCUGGCCUCGCCGCGGGGUGGAGGAGCCCAGUGCCUCCGUUGGUGACUGUCCACGGUGAUCUGGCUGUGUGCUCCUCACUGCAUUGCUUUGCAUGGACACUUCCAGCUGCCUCCCCAUCCUCAGAACACCUCCUCCACCUGCUGGCAGAUGUCUCCCGAAACCACUGAGCUUAGAGCUUCAUUUCUUUGGCCUCUAACGCCAUCUAUUAACAUCCAGAUCUUCCUUCCCCAUUUCUCCUCCUCAGCCCUCGCCGUGGGCGCCCUGAGCCUUCCCGACCCCGUGGGGGGGCUCGCCCGCGGCCCCCCAUGAGCGCACCCGGCUGACCAGCGGGGCGGCCGCGGUGGAGCCCGGGCGCCACGGAGGCGGCGGGGCCAUGGCCUCGCUGGACCUGCCGUACCGCUGUCCCCGCUGCGGGGAGCACAAGCGCUUCCGGAGCCUGUCGUCGCUGCGUGCUCACCUGGAGUACAGUCACACGUACGAGACGCUCUACAUCCUCUCCAAGACCAACAGCAUCUGCGACGGUGCCGCCGCGGCCGCUGCCGCCGCCGCCGCCGCCUCCGGCUUCCCGCUGACGCCCGAGCCCGCCGCCCUGCUGGCCGUGCCCGGCGCCCGGCGCGAGGUCUUCGAGAGCACGUCCUUCCAGGGCAAGGAGCAGGCGGCCGGGCCGUCGUCCGCCGCGCCGCACCUGCUGCACCACCACCACCACCACGCGCCCCUCGCCCACUUCGCGGGCGACCUGGUGCCCGCCAGCCUGCCGUGCGAGGAGCUGGCCGAGCCGGGCCUCGUGCCCGCCGCCGCCGCACGCUACGCGCUGCGCGAGAUCGAGAUCCCGCUGGGGGAGCUGUUCGCGCGCAAGUCGGUGGCCUCCUCCGCGUGUUCGACGCCGCCGCCCGGGCCGGGCCCCGGGCCCGCCUCCGCCUCGCCUGCGUCCCCCUCGCCAGCCGAUGUGGCUUACGAGGAGGGCCUGGCGCGCCUCAAGAUCCGCGCGCUGGAGAAGCUGGAGGUGGACCGGCGGCUGGAGCGGCUGAGCGAGGAGGUGGAGCAGAAGAUCGCCGGCCAGGUGGGUCGGCUGCAGGCCGAGCUGGAGCGCAAGGCGGCCGAGCUGGAGACGGCGCGGCAGGAGAGCGCGCGGCUGGGGCGCGAGAAGGAGGAGCUGGAGGAGCGGGCGUCCGAGCUCUCGCGCCAGGUGGACGUGAGUGUGGAGCUGCUGGCCUCGCUCAAGCAGGACCUGGUGCACAAGGAACAGGAGCUGAGCCGCAAGCAACAGGAGGUGGUGCAGAUCGACCAGUUCCUGAAGGAGACGGCGGCACGGGAGGCCAGCGCCAAGCUGCGGCUGCAGCAGUUCAUCGAGGAGCUUCUGGAGCGUGCUGACCGCGCCGAGCGGCAGCUGCAGGUCAUCAGCAGCAGCUGUGGGAGCACACCGAGCGCCAGCCUGGGUCGUGGAGUGGGUGGAGGGGGCGCUGGGCCUGGUCCCCGGGGCCCCGGCAGAAUGCGAGAACACCACGCGGGCCCGGCCAUGCCUAGCACAUACGCCGUGUCGAGGCAUGGCUCCUCUCCCAGCACAGGGGCCUCCAGCCGUGUCCCCGCUGCGUCCCAGAGCUCAGGCUGCUAUGACAGUGACAGUCUGGAGCUACCCCGGCCAGAAGAGGGGGCCCCCGAGGACAGUGGCCCUGGGGGCUUGGGCACACGGGCCCAGGCCGCCAACGGUGGCUCGGAGCGCACCCAGGCCCCUCGCAGCUCAGGCCUGCGGCGUCAGGCCAUCCAGAACUGGCAGCGCAGACCCCGCCGACACAGCACGGAGGGGGAGGAGGGUGAUGUCUCAGACGUGGGCUCGAGAACCACCGAGUCAGAGGCUGAGGGCCCCUCAGAGGUCCCCCGCCCUGGGCCUGCUCUGGCUGGGCCACUGAGCAGCUGCCGGCUCUCAGCCCGCCCUGAGGGAGGCAGUGGGCGGGGUCGGCGGGCUGAGAGGGGCAGCCCCUCCCGCUCCAACGAGGUCAUCAGCCCGGAGAUCCUCAAGAUGCGCGCUGCCCUCUUCUGCAUCUUCACCUACCUGGACACGCGCACACUGCUGCACGCUGCCGAGGUCUGCCGGGACUGGCGCUUCGUGGCUCGCCACCCCGCGGUCUGGACCCGGGUGCUGCUCGAGAACGCCCGCGUCUGUUCCAAGUUCCUGGCCAUGCUGGCUCAGUGGUGCACCCAGGCCCACUCCCUGACGCUGCAGAACUUGAAGCCCCGGCAGCGGGGCAAGAAGGAGAGCAAGGAAGAGUAUGCGCGGAGCACCCGGGGCUGCCUGGAAGCGGGGCUGGAGUCCCUGUUGAAGGCUGCAGGGGGGAAUCUGCUGAUCCUGCGCAUCUCACACUGUCCCAACAUUCUCACCGACCGCUGCCUCUGGCUGGCCAGCUGCUACUGCCGCGCCCUGCAGGCCGUCACCUACAGGAGCGCCACAGACCCGGUGGGCCAUGAGGUCAUUUGGGCCCUGGGCGCAGGUUGCAGAGAGAUCGUCUCCCUCCAGGUGGCGCCACUUCACCCUUGCCAGCAGCCCACGCGCUUCAGUAACCGCUGCCUGCAGAUGAUUGGUCGCUGUUGGCCGCACCUUCGGGCCCUGGGGGUUGGGGGUGCUGGCUGUGGGGUACAGGGCCUGGCGUCACUUGCAAGAAACUGCAUGCGGCUACAGGUCCUGGAGCUGGACCAUGUGUCAGAGAUCACCCAGGAGGUGGCUGCUGAGGUCUGCCGGGAAGGCCUGAAGGGACUGGAGAUGUUGGUGCUCACGGCCACCCCUGUCACCCCCAAGGCCCUGCUGCAUUUCAACAGCAUUUGCCGGAACCUCAAGUCUAUUGUGGUCCAGAUUGGGAUUGCUGAUUAUUUCAAAGAACCCAGCAGUCCCGAGGCCCAGAAGCUGUUUGAGGACAUGGUGACAAAACUUCAGGCCCUACGACGGAGGCCCGGCUUCUCUAAGAUCCUGCACAUCAAGGUGGACGGUGGCUGCUAACCCGGGCGGGGGGCGGCAGGGCCUCUGCCAGCCCCACACCAGGGCACUCUCUUUGGACCUCCAGAGGGACCCUGAUUGGACUAGACCUUUGGAGGCCUGGUGUUAUCCCUGGCUUCCAGGGAAGGGUUGAGUUUCCUGUUCUUCUCCUGGGACCGUGGAGCAACAGGCCUGACCCUGGGCACUGCCUCUUCAGGGCUGGGGCUUGGACAGAAGCUGCCCUCCGACCCCUGCUCCACCCCCGAACUGGGGCAUCCUUCUGGGCACAGCCAGCAAGGAGCUGAGUCACCACCAGCACCUGGUGUCAUUGCCCUCAGGACCUGCAGUUAACCACGGAGUGGCUCCUUGGUUGCUCAGGCUACUGGGGCAGGCCCCCCCACCUUUCUUUCCGGUCAGGGGGCUCCACUAGGCCCCAGCCAGAGUGGGCUCCCCAAAGCAGCUCAGACUUGGCAAGGAGGGCUCCUUUCCUCAUCCUGCCCUGUUCCAGCUCUCUGUGGGACAUCCCCUUCAGACAUCCUUCCUAGGCUCCGUGUCCACAUUCCCCAGGGAUAACACAGAUAGGCCUAUGGGUCUGGGAAUGUGGUCACCCAAAAGUGGGGAGCAGGGGAACAGCGAGGUAAUGGGAAUGGGCUUGAAAUGGCAAAACAUUCAUCUAGAACUUUUCCCCAGGAUAUUGAAACCACCACUCCCAAAGGGGGGAAAUUGCCAAGUAGAGAAAACUUAGUUUUUACUGCUGUAGAAACAACAAGACCUUUCCUCCCAGCCAUCGCAUAACCUCAUGACACACCAGAGCUAAAUUCAGAGCUAAAAGGUGCAUGUUUCUAUACCUUCCUCCAAUCCCAAGCCUCUGGAAGGGUAAGGCCGUAGCUCUGGGAAACCUUAGCAGCACUGAGCAGCAGCUCCUAUCCUCAAGAAGUGUUUUUCUGGUGCUUGGGCAGGAACGAAAUGGCCUCUGGGUCCCCAGUGCUGUGGGUGGGAGGGAGUCACUGGGCUGCCUUCUGUGCUGGGGCCUGGAGGAAGCCAGGAGGAGGGAAUUUUGGUUCGUUUCCUUGUCUGGCUAGCUUGUUUGAAGACAUGGCCUUGGUAGGGAACCAGACCCAUGGAGCCAAGGACGAGGAAGAGCAGCCUCAUCAGACUUGCCUCCCUCCACAGUAUUCAUGGGCCCCAUGGGCUGUGGGCUCUGCUGGAGUGCUUCUGGCCAGGGAGGGUGCUGGGGCCCAAGCCAGAGCCACUUGGCUUGGAAACCACAGAAUGCAAAUGGGGGUUUUUAUGGACUCCUGCACAGUUCUGGUAAGACCAGGUUCUGACACUAAGGCUCCAA